AUGUCAAUCACACCACUGUAUAGCGACCCCCUCUACCUUACUCGUUCAGCUAGUCCCUAUUACAAGGACUCGCAUCUCCGACUCCAGCAUGAGCUUCGAGAAUACGUUGCCACUCACAUAUCGCCAUUCUGCGAAGAAUGGGAGCUCAAGGGCAAAGUUCCCGCCGAUGUGCUCGCUCGCCAUGCCGAACUUGGAUAUGCCGCCGUAUCGGUAUAUCCCCUCGCUACCGAAUAUCUCAACGGACAGCGUCUGCCUGCUGACAUUCAGCCCGCCGAGUGGGAUGGAUUCCACGAUCUCAUUUUCAUCGACGAGAUGGCCAGGUGCGGAUACCUAGGGGUGAUAUGGGGUCUCAGCUGUGGAAACUCUAUUGGAGCUCCUCCGCUAGUCAACUUUGGCAGUCAUGAGCAAAAGCUUCACUUCCUGCCUGACGUACUACAAGGAAGAUCCAGGUUCUGUUUGGGUGUGACUGAGCCAGAUGCCGGGUCAGAUGUAGCGAACCUGACAACCACUGCUGAGCGUCGCGGCGACCAUUAUGUAGUCAACGGGGCCAAGAAAUGGAUCACAAACGGCGUCUUUGCCGACUACUGCAUGGCAGCAGUAAGAACGGGAGGACCAGGAGCAAAGGGUGUCACAGCUCUCAUUAUACCGCUGAAGGCGAAGGGUGUUUUGUGCAAGCAGAUGCACAAUUCUGGUGUUAGUGCCAGUGGCUCGACCUAUAUCGAAUUCGACGACGUUGAGGUACCCGCACAGAACUUGAUUGGACGGGAAAAUGAGGGCUUUGCCAUCGUCAUGUCAAACUUCAACCACGAGAGACUUUGGCUGGCGUGUACGAGUCUUCGCAUGGCCCGUGUAUGCGCCGAAGACGCAUUCAAGCAUGCCAUAAUUCGCGAGACAUUUGGAAAGAAGCUUAUCGAGAACCAAGUAAUCCGCAGCAAGAUCUCCCAGUUUGGGCGGAGCAUCGAUCCUGCUUAUGCUUGGAUGGAGCAACUUGUCUUCCUGAUAGAGCACGGAAAACAAACAGGUCAAGAUCCAGCAAUCAGUGGUCCGAUCGCGAACCUUAAGGUCCUUGCUGGUCAGACCCUCGAGCGGGUCAAUCGCGAGGCACAACAGAUCAUGGGCGGUCUUGGAUACUCCCGUAAUGGUCGCGGGGCAAGAAUAGAACAGAUCAGUCGCGACGUGAGGGUUAUGGUGGUCGGUGGUGGUAGCGAAGAGAUACUAGUCGAUCUUUCGGUUAGUCAGGAGAUGAGAGCCAUGAAGCAGUUGCGUGGGCUGAAGGAGUCUCGAUUGUGA